AUCUGCACAAUUAACGCAGUCACCAAUAAGAACUCACUCAGCGCUCUAGACCAUAAAAUGGCUAAGCUUUUGAUACUUGCCGCCCUAGCGCUAACAUGCGCCAUGGCCGAACCACCUGUUUCUCGAGAGUACCUUCCUGCAAAUCAGGGCGGCUACGCUAGUCAGCCUUCCAGCCAGUACGGGGCUCCCGAAUCCUCGGGCCGACUUGGAGGAUCUAGCCUGCCCUCCGCUCAAUACGGCGCUCCUAUUAUAUCCGGCCGAUUUGGUGCCGGGUCUCCGUCAACACAAUAUGGCGCUCCCGGAUUUUCAGUCCAAUUAGGGAAUGGGGCUUCUAUCCGAUUCGCUGGUUCAACCUCUCCCUCAAACCGCUAUGGAGCCCCUAGUACCUCCAGCCGAAUUGGCAAUGCUAAUUCUUUGUCGACUCAAUACGACACUGCUAGUUUCUCAGGCCGACAUGGAAGCACCAGUUCCCUAUCAACUAGAAAUGGUGUCACCGGAUUUUCAGGCCGCUUUGGUGGUGCUAGCUCCACUUCAUCUCAGUUCGGAGGUUCUGGUUCUUCAAGCCGACUUGGAGGUGCUGGCUACUCUUCAUCUCAGUUCGGAGGUUCUGGUUCUUCAAGCCGAUUUGGAGGUUCUAGCUCCCUGUCCACGCAGUAUGGUGCUCCAUCAGCCUCUAGCAGACUCAACGCCCCAACCUCACAAUACGCUCCAGGCGGUGGAUACGCUGCCUCGAGGGGAGGAUACAAUGCCCAGGAGGAUGAAUUGGCCGAACCGGCCAACUACGAGUUCUCUUACGAAGUCCAGGACGCCGAGUCCGGGAGUGAAUUUAGCCAGGAGGAAAAUCGCCAGGACGAAAGUGCCCAAGGCUCUUACCGCGUCCUGCUACCAGACGGUCGCCUGCAGAUCGUGGAAUACGAGGCAGAUCAGGAGGGAUACAGGCCACAUAUCCGCUACGAGGAAACUGGAGCUGGAUACCCCAGUGGGCCUCAGCAGAGGAAGCAAGGAGGACCCUAUUAAAUCUUGGAACUCAUACACGAUUCUUACAUAUACGGACCGAGCGAUUUACAUGUACUUUACGGCAAGAUGAAUGUAAUUAAAUAAUCUUUUAUGUUACGUUCUGUACAUAUAUAUUGUAAUCUAAUAAAUUAUUAUAUACUAAAUUA